AAACACCUUAAUACCUGUAGAGGCAAAAGUAUUUUCGAAAUAAUAUAGCUGAUACCAUUUUUCAACCAAAAAGUCCAUGAUCCAAAGGCACAAUGUCUAACAUAAUCCUCUCUAUAAACGCAGGCUCUUCAUCCGUCAAGAUAUCAGUCUAUAAAUCACCUCCAUCAUCUUCCUCACAGAUCGACCCAAUCCAGCUCGCAGAAGCCGAAGUCUCAGGCCUCACCGCACCGCCCGCAAAGCUGAAAUACACCCGCGGAGAAACGCGCAUCAAAGACCGCGAGCUAUCCGACAUCGACUCGCAGGAAUCCGCCUUCCGCUUCAUCCUGGACCACCUGACGCAGGAUUCUGGACUCCCGGAACUGGCGCAGAAAGAAGAUAUACAGUACACGUGCCAUCGCGUGGUCCACGGCGGGGACUACCCGCGCAGCCAGGUCAUCGACAAAGAUACGUACCACCACAUUGAAGAGCUGAGCGACCUGGCGCCACUGCACAAUGCGCCCGCGCUGAGCAUUGUCAAGUCGGUGUCGGAAUUGUUGCCACAUGCUAUCAAUGUCGCCUACUUUGACUCCGCAUUCCAUACCAGCAUCCCAGAGCACAUCCAGACCUACCCUAUUGACCAAUCCGUGGCGAAAAGGAAUAAGUUGAAGAAGUACGGAUUCCAUGGCAUCUCGUACGACUUUAUUGUUCAUGCUGUCGCCCAGCACCUGAACAAGCCCAAAGAAGAGCUGAAUAUAGUAGCGCUUCAUCUAGGCUCGGGCGCCUCUGCUUGUUGCAUACGGAGCGGCCGUUCGUUCGACACUUCGAUGGGCCUGACGCCUCUGGCUGGUCUGCCUGGCGCCACGCGCUCUGGCUCCAUAGAUCCUAGUCUGAUGUUUCACUUCACGCAUUCUGCGGGGAAGCCGUCCCGUGCUUCGUCUGCGAAUCUGCACAUCACGCAGGCGGAAGAGAUUCUGAAUAAGAAGUCGGGCUGGAAGAGCUUGACGGGGACGACUGAUUUCGGGGCGAUCAGUGCUUCGGAGAGAGAGGAGGAUAGGUUGGCGUUUGAUAUCUUCGUGGAUCGUAUCUUGAACUACGUGGGGCCGUACUUUGUAAAACUCGAUGGGAACGUUGAUGCGCUGGUAUUUGCGGGCGGGAUCGGAGAGAAGGGUACGAGGUUGCGGGAAGAGGUGGUGAAGAGUGUGAGGUGCCUGGGCUUCGAAAUUGAUUUGGACAAGAACAAACAAUCGCCUGAACAGGUGGUUACUGAUAUCAGUAAGACUGGAAACCGUUUUAGGACUUUGAUAUGUCAAACAGAUGAGCAACUGCAAAUGGCAAGGGGUGUACUCGAAGACCAGGACAGAUUCAGCCACAAGUAGGUAGGUUAGAGAUGGGAAUCUUGGUAUUCUGGAAUACCAGUAAGGGAAGCCUCCAGGGUGGCUUUCGAAAUACUAUGGUUUUGUAUUAUAAAAUAAUAGCAUGAAGGAGAUACUGCCCCGGGAUGGCGAUUCGUACAUCGGAGUUAGCUUUGCCGAUCGAGCUUUCGACGACAGAGAAGAAACAGAAUGAGCAG